AAAAAAUCGCCAUAGCAUUAAAAUGUGAUUUGCUUUCUUUUUCUAAGUGAAUGAAUGAAAAACGGUGAUUUAUACGAUCAGUUUUGAUUUAAUUUAAUGGUAUAGCAAAAAGGUUUAACCCUUUAUUUUUUGAUUAUCGCGACGCGGUUGUAUAAUAUAGUCAAUAGAUCUUUGAAUGGGAAAUUUAUAUACAAGAAUAUUAUUGUGCUAUUUAAAAAAACAAAAACAUCAGUAUUAUACGAAUUAAGUACAGUAACAUACGAAAAAUCUAAUAUUUCUUUUCCCUUUUUAAUCUCUUUUAUAAAUUAUCAUUUUAUUAUUCAUUUUUUCUCCUUCAACUUAGAAGAGAACUAUUAAAAAAAACUCGUCUGCAUAGAAUGGUAGAAGGUGAUUCUGAUCAUAAAAAUAAAGAGAAUUCAAAUGUAACCAGUGAUAUACAAAUAAGCGGCAAAGAAGUUGCUGAACUAAAGAAAUCUCAACUUCCAAUACAAUUACAGCCGUCAUCAUUGUUAAAUAACGAGAAAAAUUUUGAUUUGAAUAAAGAUUUAGUAAUCAAUAGUAAUCAAAACGAAAAUUUUAAUAAUCUUAAUAAAAGUAAUAUAGAUGUUCCGCCACCAUUAUAUUCAUCAUCGCCAAUAAAUGAAUUAUCAGCUGUAGCUGAAAGUAAUAAUGUUUCGGUAAAUAAUAUUACAAAUGGUGAAGUUGGCAGUGGUUGCGGUGGUAACGAUGGAGAUGAUAAUAAAAAAGGAAAUGGAAAAAAUGAUAAGAAGGGAAAGAAAGGUAAUGGAAAAGAUUUACCACCAAAAUAUGAUGCCGAAUGUUAUGGUGCUGGUAAAGUAAAAGCUGAUUUUGAGGAGGCCAUCGAAUUAACAAAAUAUGGUCGCUUUCAUUAUAUACUAUUAGCAAUAUGUGGUUUAGUUAGUACCAGUGAAGAAAUGGAUGUCAUAUCAAUGUCAUUUAUAUUACCAUCUGCACAAUGUGAUCUUAAUUUGAAUACACAAAAUAAGGGAUGGUUAAAUUCAAUUAUUUUCAUUGGUAUGAUGGCUGGUGCUUACUUUUGGGGUAGUAUAGCUGAUUCAUUAGGCCGUCGUAAAGUUUUAAUUGUUAUUUCAUUUAUGAAUGGUUUCUGUAUUGUUGCCUCCUCAUUUUCACAAAGUUAUGAAUCAUUUAUGCUGUUUCGAUUUUUAAAUGGUGCUGCGCUUGGCGGCAGUGGACCUGUUAUUUGGUCUUAUUUUGCUGAAUUUCAACCAAAAAGUAAGCGUGGCUCUAUGUUAAGUUUCAUGGCAGCAUUUUGGACUUUCGGUAAUCUACUGGUAGCUGGUAUGGCAUGGAUAAUUAUUCCAACACAUAUUGGAUUUGUAACACAAUAUUUUGUUUACAAUAGUUGGCGUGUAUUUUUAGUUUUUUGUUCAUUCCCAUCAUUUCUAGUUGCCUUUUUAUUAUUUUAUUUACCAGAAUCACCAAAAUUCUUAUUAUCGCGUGGUAAAUAUGAUAAAGCUUUAAAUAUAUUCCGUCGUAUUUAUUCAAUUAAUACUGGUAAGGAACCAGAAUUAUAUCCCGUUAAAGAAUUAGUUAUUGAUGAAAAAUUACAACAAGAAUUAGAAGAAUCAAAGAAUUCUAUACAGGGAAAAUAUUCAAGAAUGUUUGAUGGAAUGAUAGAAAAUAGUAAACAGUUGUUUACUUCACCAAUAUUAAAAUUCACACUAAUUUCAAUAUCAAUUAAUUUCACAUUUCAUAUUGGUUAUUAUGGUUUAAUGAUGUGGUUCCCAGAAUUAUUUCAUCGUUUUGAUGAAUAUAGUCGAGCACAUCCAGGUGAAGAAGCUGGUGUUUGUACUGUAACUGAAUAUGUUGUUCAAAAAGGACUUGAUCAUGCUGAAGACGGUGUUUGUAAUUCUGAAAUACCAAGUGCUGUAUUCAUGGAAUCAUUAAUUUCAUUAGCAUCAGCAUUACCAGCUAAUGUUAUUGCAGUUUUAGGAAUGGAUCGUUUAGGAAGAAAAUUCUUUUUAAUAUUUUCGACAAUUUCAGCUGGUUUAUGCUCUGCUGGAAUGUAUUAUGUUUUUAAUAAAUUUCAUAAUUUAAUUGUUAGUGCUGUAUUUAGUGGUGUCAUAUCAUGCGGUAAUGCUGCUUUAGAUUGUUUAAUUACAGAAAUUUUUCCAACAAAUUUGAGAGCGACUGGUAUUGCCAUUUCAAUGGUAGCUGCAAGAAUGGGUGGAAUUAUUGGAAAUGUGGUUAUUGCAUCCUUAUUGGAUACAUAUUGUCCAGCUCCUACAUUUAUUGUUGCAGCAUUACUUAUUGGUGGCGGAUUAAUGUGCCUUUUAUUACCAAAUACAACACGUACAGCUUUAAGUUAAAAGAAAAAUAUUUUUUUUUUGUUUUAAAAAACUUUGUUAAGCGCAUAAACCCAUAUUAAUUAUUAUUUAUAAUAAAUUACAUACCAUAUUUUUUCACUAUAUGUAUAUGUACCUACAUUAUCGACCAAAAAUAAAAUAAAAAGUUUUUCCUUCAGAAAUCUUAUCUAUAUUAUAAACAUGCAUAAAUAUAAAAUUAAAAAUAUUUAAAAAUUUUUCAAGCUCAAUUUGUAAAUUUUUUUUUAAUUCUAUAAUCUUUUAUUUCUAUACUAUUUUUUUUUUUUUAGUUAUUAAAAUGUAAAAUACAAAAAAAAAAACAAACGAA